AUGGCAAUGGCGAAGGAAUCUUCGAAUCUCAUGGAGAAAUCGAGAGAUGUUCUUGCGACACCAAGCCACGAAGGAUUCGAGAAUAUACUCGAACAAUUCGCAAUGCCUCAAGAAACCAAGGAAUAUAAAACCGCGUUUGCUCUGUUCAACUUCUGCGCUACUCAUUUCCCAAAUUGCUAUACCCUAAAGCUUCUCCAAGUGUAUCGACGCUCUUCCAACAGCGUCAUCAGAUACCGAUCGAUCUACUUACUCGCUGAAUCCCUCGCCGAACUCAGAAGACGCAAUUUCGAAUUCUCUCGCGUCGGUCUCCAUGAAAUCAAACCACUUCUGAUUGAAUGCUUGAUGAUGGAAGAAACCAAAGAAAAUGAAAUCAAGAUCUUUAGAAGAAUCGUUUCUAUUUUAGUCUACAAUGUUGUGGUUUGCGAUAAUGGUGGAUGGGACGAGCUCAGUGAUUGUAUCCUCUGGCUUGCGUGUACAGAACCUGUCAAGGCUUUUCAUGUCUUCCUCGAUUUGCCAUCAGUCUACGGUAUGUUCAUUGACACUUUUCUGACGGAAAUUGUAGGGAAAGCUGAGAUGAUUCUGCUUAGUCCUGAGAACAGUGAAGUUGAAGAUUGGAGCUUGGCUUUAGAAACUGUUGUUAAAAUAGGGAUUCAGAUUUUGGAUACAGAGAUGAGAGCUGAUUUGAUAAAGAAUCUUAUUAACAUUCUUGAGAACUCUGUAAAGAAGCUAGUGGAGAAGGGGAUGGAACAGUUUCUGGUACAAGGGCUUGAAUAUCUUGAGAAGUUCUUGUCACGAGACAAGACUAUGUAUAAUUACAAUAAGACACAAUGUCAUUUCGUGAAGGCUUUCAUGUUCAAGAUCAAAGAUUUUGGUACACAGACCAAGGAGAUUAUAAGGAAGAUCAAUCAGGUGGUUAAAACAGAGGACAAUGCAGUGGUCAAACCUGUCGUACAACCUCAGGAAAGUCAAGAUGAUGGAGCAGAAUAUGAACGUGGCUUGUAUAUCCAUUUGAAGACUAUGUCAGCAGUUGAUGUUUUGAAAAUCUUUAUGUCAAAUGCUGUUGAAGAUAGGUCCAAAGAGAUAGCAAUCAGGCGGCUUGAAGUUGUACUCUCUGAUCACACUUCAAAGAAGGUGGAAAUAGACAUCUCAGAGAUGAGAGAACUCCAGCCAUUGCUCAUCUCUUGCCUUAAGCAAGAAGGAAUCACAGACAGCAUGUUCAAAGUCCUAGGUGAGGUGCUGAACCACGUUGUGUAUGAGCUGUCCAAACACCAAAAUGUCGCAUGGUAUGGAUUACUCGAUUAUAUCACAUCACAAAGCAAAACAAAGUUUCAGAGAGCGGUUUAUAUCUUCCAGUGCUUAACAAUGCCUAUUGAAGAUGACGGGUUUAUGAUCCAUGUGAUGGAGAAUCUUCUCCCAGAGAUAAGAGUAAGGCUAAACCCACCAAGAGAGUUGUUGGUAGAUAACAAAAGCUGGGUUUUGACGUUUACUGGUGCAUUCUGUGCAACCAUUCACUUGAUAAAGAUCCCAAGCCAAGCUGAAUCCUUUAAGGAGAUUGCAAAUAAGAUGAUAGAUUCUGUGAGAGAGCUUGUGGAAAGAAAAAUGGAAGUUGGGCUUGUGAGGAGAGCUUUCAGAGAUGUUGAAACCAUUGUCAAGAAACAAUUGGAAUGGUACCAAACGAUGGAAUACAAGUUUGUUAAGGUUCUGCUUUGGAAACUCUAUGCAAUCAAAGGCAUGAAAUGGGAAAGUAAGAUCGUGUUGUGGAGAAUCAACGUUACCUUGGAUAGACUAGUGAAUAAGGAGGUUAAAGAGAUACCAAAGGAUGAGUUUGAUUGGCUGAAGCUACAUGAGGCUUUGUGAUUUGUACAUCUGAAGUUCUCAAGUUCCUGCAGAAUCUGUUUUUUUCUUUCUUUACAUAGUUUGUUAUUGUAGAAAGAACACUG